AUGCGCUCCACGGAUCAAAACUUCAAAGAAUUGUGCUAUUGGUGCAGAAUAGGUGAUGUUGAGAAUGUUGACAGGUUGAUAUCAACAGGAGUUAACUUGAAUGAUAACGAUGAAUUCAACAAUUCCCCGCUAUUUCUUGCUAGCUUAUGCGGGCAUGAGGAUCUCGUCACUUUGCUUCUGAAGCGGGGUGCCAUUUGCGAUAGAGAUAGACACGAAGGCGCCCGUUGUAUAUAUGGUGCUUUGACUGACUCUAUUCGGAACAUUCUUUUGAAAUACGAUAUAUCGAAAGCUGUAGAUUUGAAGCAGCCCUUUGCUGCCCACCUAUCCUCACAACUCAAUGAUCGCGGCAUCAAGAGUCACGACCUUAUACUACAAGAUCGAGCUGGGCAAAAAGUCAAACUACACCGGUUCCUUUUACUCGCAAGGAGUUCCCACUUUGCAAGUCAACUUCAAUCCAUGGGGGACGAUCACAUAGCUUUGGAUUUACCUGAAGACGUCCCUCCGGUAGGCUUAGACGUUAUAUCGAAAUACCUGUAUCUGGUCCCGCUUUUGCAUGGCAUAAGUCGCAAGGAUUCUCUGGCGGUUGGAAGAUUCUGCAAGUUGCUGGGUUUCGACGGACUUGCAGAGUUUUUGGAGAAGGCGAGCGACCUGCAGGAUCAGGUUGAGAUAUCUAAAUUGAUGACUGAAUUCCAGCAUCGUUUUACGGAGGAGGCGAGGAAACAAAUGCAGGAAUUUGCAGCAACAGUCGUACGAGAAAAGCGGCUUGUAAGUGUCACUAAUGGAAUACCUUUAGAUGUUCUCCACAGCAUGAAGGUUGGCCCUACUAUGCCGGACGUUUUUCUUUUUGUUCGGAAAAGGGAGAGCUCCGAGGAAGGAUUUAUAUACCCGUGCCACAGAUCGAUUUUGACACGAUCAGAAUACUUCAAAGUCAUGUUCGCCUCAUCUUUUGACGAGACGACGUUAUAUCGACAAACUCAAGAAGGAAUUCUCGAUCGGACGGUGAAUUUUCCUGUGGUAUCUUUCCCGAUCUGUGAUUGUCAGACUGCUGAAUUGAUUUUGUCCUACCUCUAUUAUGAUCGAACCGAUAUUCCUUGGCAGAGCGCCAUUAAUGUACUUCGUGCGUCAGAUGCUCUACUCAUUGACAGGCUGAAAACCAUGACUGCUGUCGCGAUAACUCAAUCUUCUGAGUUCCUUGAGAUGCACACAGUUUUCGACGUCCUGGAUGUCGCUUGGGAGUUCCGUCUUGAGAGGUUAGAACAUCAUGUUGCCAAAACAAUCGCAGACAACAUCCCAUUUUAUGUGACACAGCCCUCAAUGAGGGAAGCUAUUUUACGCAGCUCUUCAAUGCUGCAAACAAGAGAAGAGACGGAUACUAUUGAACUCGUUGAUGACAUACGGUAUUACCUUUUGAAAAAGUACAAUAUCGACGUUGAAGACUUGGAUGAAAUAAAUUGGGACGAGAACGAUGGAGAAGAAUCAAUAACACGAAAGGAUAUCUUUACGUAUAAAAGUGAUUUUCAAAGAUUAGAAAAUCUGCUACAAGACAUGAAUGUCAACGUCUAG